CGCUCAAAUUUAAGCUUGCAGAGCCUGGGAGGCCCUGGACAGUUCACUCUGAUCCCUACUGACGGCGCCCCCAGCUGAGAGCUCGUUUCUUCUUCAUUCGUCUUCCUCUGAACAUGGGGGGGAGGGGGGAAUUUCUUCUGAUUCAUUAAAUUCGUUAACUGCUGGCGUCCCCAUCCCCACUGCCUCUGGGUGCUGACAGGGCCACCGCGCCCAGGCGCUAACACUGCCGCGGCGUGCCCGAUCUGUUUGUGUCCCUGCAACCCCCUCCCGCCUCCAGCACUUCCCGGCCCCCACAUCCGGCUAUUGUCCCCCGCUAUCCGGAGCCGGAUCUGGUCCCUGUGCCAAUGGGGAGGGACCAGGAUUUUAGGGAGGAAGAGGGAAGGCUGGCCAGGGCUGGCAUGGCGGGCGGCUGGGCGAUGGCGCUGGGCUUGGGGCUCUGCCUCACCGCACUGCGCCAGGGAGGCUGCCACCCCCCUGGCGCAGCCACGGCACCCCAAACCACAGCCGCGCUGCGGGACAAUUUCCGCCUGCAGCCGGGUGAUUUGGUGGCCACAGCGGGGCAAGCAUUGGAGCUGGAUUGCGUCCCCCCCUUGGGGCACCCCGAACCCCGUGUCACCUGGAAGAAGGACGGGGUGACCUUGGACUUGGCGGGUGACAGGUAUGUGGUCACCAACGGGAAGUUGCGGGUGGCACCGGCCCAACGGAGCGACUCCGGGCUCUACAUCUGCGUGGCGGCCAACGCGGCGGGCGAGAGGGAGAGCCGGGGCGCCCGUGUCUCCGUCUUAGAGAAGCCAACCAUCGUGCGGCGCCCAAGUGACGCCGUAGCGGUGGCCGGCAGCACCGUGGAGCUGGGCUGCGGCGCCCAAGGUGACCCGGCGCCACGGGUGCAGUGGCACAAGGAACGUGGGGACCUGCCCUGGGGCAGGCAUGAGGUGGACCGGGAGCACACGUUGCGCCUCUACGCCGUGACACCUGCCGACGCCGGCACCUACGUGUGUACAGCGCAGAGCCAGCUGGGCACCGCCGCCGCCACCGCCCGCCUCCGCGUGGAAGACCAGCUGUCGCACCGGCAGGAGGCUGCGCCAUGGGACCUGCUGGCUGUGCGGCUGCACCUGGAUAAUGGCACCAUGCUGCCCACCGCCGCUGUCCGACUCCGCUGGCAGAUGCUUAUGCCAGCACCGGUGCCGGUGGGCUACACGGUGCUGUACCGCUGCCUGCUCCCUGCCAGCACCUCCUGGGUCCAACACAACGCAGGCAGGGAGCUCAGCGCCAUCAUCCCUGCGCUCCGCAGGGGCUACAAGUAUGAGUUCAAGGUCCGACCCUAUGCUGGAGGGACCCAGGGCUUGGACAGCAACAGCAGGUACCUCUGGAUACCCGAGGAAGUGCCAAGCGCGGCGCCCCAGCACGUCACCGUGGGCCAGGCUGAGACAGGGAAUGGCACCGUGGUCGUGAGCUGGGAGCCACCUCCUCCUGAGGCCCACAAUGGCAUCAUCCGGGGCUACAAGGUCUGGUCAAUGGGUGAGGACUGGCAGCACACCACCAACAGGACAGUGGACGAAGGCACCCGACACCUGGAGACUCUCCUCCCAAGCCCUGGGGCCGAAUUCUGCGUCCAGGUGGCGGCUUUCAAUGGUGCAGGGCUGGGGGUUCCCAGCAAUGCCACCUGCAGCGUCCUGGGGCUGACGGCGGGGAGCACCGGGGUGGAAUGGGUGCUGCGGCAGCCCGCCAUCAUCGCAGCCGCUGGCUCGCUGCUCUGGUUGGCCUGGCUCGCCCUCCUCCUCCUCCUCUGCCAGCGCCUCAAGAGCCGGGACACCACACCUCACCGCAGGCUGGUGGCUGGUGACUUACCAUGGCUCGGUGGCCCCUGGAAACCCGGCUGUGCCCCUGGAAACCUCAGCAGCAGCAGCAGUCUCAGCAACCGGCUCCUGGAUAGUGACGGCAGGGACCCCCAUCCCUCCACCCUGUCCUUGGAGCCACCGAGCCUUGGCCCCCCCACACCACCCAACCACAGGGGGCAACCGCCGCCCCUUGGGGAGACAGGGUGCUGCAGUGGGGGGCACCCCGGGGUGCACACGUCGCCCAGCACCCCGAACCCAGCACCCUGGGAGUGCAUCCACAAGCGAGAGCUGCACCAAGUGCACAGCACCCCGGUGCUCACGGGUGGCCCCGGCCACGUCCCCAUCACCAGGAGCAGAGGCGAGUGGGAAACGGAUUUUGGACUGGCAGCUGGGUGGCCUCAGCGAAGGGGACAUGAUGGUGACACCAACACCACCGUGACGGCCGGAGGGGACCGACGGCAGCCGCCGGUUUUCAGCUCCCCAAAACCACAGCGGGGCAGCGCCUCUCUGGCCUCUGCUGUCACCGGGUUACCGGUGACACCCCCAAGACCACCCCAUGCAUGGCACCCGCCAGUGACCCGGUCCCUGGCCACUGUGUGCCCCAGGGACACAUCCCUGGUCAUCAGGUGCCCCAAGGACAUGUCCCCAGUCACUAGGAUCCUCAGGGACACAUCUCCAGCCACUCGGCAUCCCAGGGACACAUCCCCAGUCACUGAGAGCCCCAGGGAUGUGUCACCGGUCACCAGACACCCUAGAGACAUGUCCCUGCUCACUGAGCACCCCAAGGACAUGUUCCUGGCCAGCAGGCACCCCAAGGAUGUGUCAGCAGUCACCAGGCAUCCCAGGGACAUGUCACCGGCCACCCAGCCCCCCAGGGACCCAUCACCAGCCACCAGGCACCAGAGGGAUGCAAUCUUGGCCACCAGGCACCCUGAGGACACCACCCUCGUCACCAGGUGCCUGAGGGACAUGUCCCCGGUCACCAGGCACCCCAGGGAUCCAUCACCAGUGACCAAGCACCAGAGGGACAUGUCUCCAACCAGCAGGCACCCAAGGGACACAUCUGCAGUCACCAGGCACCCCAAGGAGAAGUCCCCAGCCACUGGGCACUGCAGGGACAAGUUCCUGGCCACCAGGUACCACAAGGACAUGUCUCUGGUCACCAGGCACCCCAGGGACCCAUUACCAGUGACCAGGCACCCAAGGGACACAUUUCUGGCUACCAGAUACCCAAAGGACAUGUCACCCGUCACCAGGCAUCCCAAGGACACAUCCCCAGCCACCAGGCACCCCAGGGACACAUCCCCACUCAGCAGGCACCCUGAGGACAUGUCUCCGGUCCCCGGUCACCGCAAGGAUGCAUUCUUGGGCAGCAGGUACCCAAAGGACGUAUCACCAGCCAUGAGGCAUCCCAAGGACACAUCCUCAGCCACCAGGCCCCCAAGGGACACAUCCCCAGUCACCAGGCACCCUGAAGAGAUGUCCCCAGUCACUGGUCACCAGAGAGACAUGUUCUUGGGCAACAGGUACCCCAAGGACAUGUCCCUGGUCACCAGGUACCCCAAGGACACGUUCCUAGCCACCAGGCACCCCAGGGAUGUAUCACUGGUGACCAGACACCCAAGGGACAUGUUCCUGGCCACCAGGUACCCCAAGAACAUGUCCCCAGCCACCAGUCACCCAAGGGACAGGUCACCGGUCACCAGGCCCCUCUCGCCGGCAUUCAGCGACGGGGUCCUCACGCCGCAGCGGGUGGCUGAGGACCUGGAGAUGGACCAGGACACCACCUGCCCCAGCCCUCCAGCACCAGCCACGCCACGGUCCUUCUCACCGCCACACACCUAUGGCUACAUCUAUGGGCCACCAGCCUCCGAGCUGGGGGAGGAGGAGGAGGAGGAAGAGGAAGAGGAGGAAGAGCAGCCAGCAACAAGGGGCUCGCCAGGGGGGUCGCUACUGAACGGCUGGGGGUCUGUCUCGGAGGACAACUUCGCCAGCGCCCGCUGCAGCUUGGUGAGCUCCUGCGAUGGCUCCUUCCUCCUGGAUGCCAGCUUUGCCCGGGCGCUGGCCAUGGCCGUCGAUGGCCUCUGCUUCAGCCUCGAGGACACUGAUGGGGCCUAUGGGGCAGGUCCCUCACCGCCACCAUCACCCUUGGAGGGGGUCUUCUUGCCCGCGGUCCCCAUCCCCACCUGGGACUGGGGGACGGCACUGGAGGUCUCGUGGAGAGUCGGGACAGAGGUGGCCACGGGCAUCCUGCAGCACGGUGGCCACAGGUCGGGGAGUGGCAGUCCCUGGGCCAGGGUGGGCGGCGAGCCGGGGACAGGAGGGACAGUGGCGUGGCAGUCCCCAGGGUGUAGGACACGGCAAGGCCAGAGUCCCUUCAGCUCAGCUAAAAUCCAGCUUUAUUAAGCAGUUCCCCAAAAAGGGUCUUUCUGCUAGCAAUAGCCACCUGUGAAGGGUGGGUGGCACUGGGGUGGGCAGGUGUCCCUCCUUCCUGAGCAUCCUUGUCCUCCCCAAAUAUCCUCAUCCCUCCCCAGAGUUCUCAUCCCUCCACAGCACCCUCAUCCUCCCCAAGUGUCCUCAUCCUCCCCCAAAUCCUCAUCCCCCAACCAUCCUCGUCCAGCCCAAGUACCAUUGCCCAGCCCAAGUGUCCUCAUCCUUCCCCAGUGUCCCCAUCCUUAUCCUCCCCAAGUGUCCCCAUCCCUCCCCAAGUGUCCCCAUCCCUCCCCAGCAUCCUCAUCCCCCCAACCAUCCUCAUCCAAACCAAGCACCGUUGUUCAUCCCAAGUGUCCUUGUCCUUCCUCAGGGUUAUUGUCCCCCCUCAGGGUCAUUGUCCCCCAACCGUCCUCAUCCCUGCUGACCGUUCUUGUUCCUUCUGACUGUCCUUAUCCUUCCUGACCGUCCACAUCCUUCCUGAGCAUCCUUGUCCCACCUCAACCAUCCUUGGCCCUCCCAAGUGUCCUCAUCCCUCCCAAGCCACCUUGUCCUUCCUGAAUGUCCUUGUGCCCCCUCUGAGCAUCCUUCUCCCUCCUGAGCAUUCUCAUCCCUCCCCAGCGUCCUUGUCACUGCCCAGGGUCCUCAUCCCUUGUGACUGUCCUUGGCCUCCCCAAGCAUCCUCAUCGCUCCCAAAUGUCCUCGUCCCCAGGGUCCUUGUCCCUCCUGAGCAUCCUCCUCAUGCCUCCCCAGGGUCCUCGUCCCUCCCCAGGGUCCUCGUCCCUAAUGACUGUCCUUGGCCUCCCCAAGCAUCCUCACCCUUCCUCAAACAUCCUCCUCCCUCGCAACUGUCCUUGUCCCCAGGGUCCUCAUCCCUCCUGAGUAUCCCUGUCCCUCCCCAGCAUCCUUGGCCCUCCCAUUUGUCCUCAGCCCCAGGGACCUCAAUCCUCCCUGAGCAUCCUCCUCAUCCCUCCCAGAGCAUCCUUGCCUCUUCCAAGCAUCCUUGUCCAUCCUCCUGAGCGUCCUUGUCCCACCCCGAGCGUCCUUGUUCCCCCCUCGCGCUGCCGCCCACCGGCCGCUGGCUCUGUGCAAGCCUAUUUACAUGGUGCCACUCAGAAAUUAAAGAGCAUCCCCUCG